AUGCCAGCUGCACAAUCCACCCACGUCACGCACAUGAUCCGGUGACGCUCUCUAUCUUUUUCAGUGGCAUCUGCGGAAGAAGACCCUUGGCAAGCAGCCAUAAGUUGAUGCGUAUUAUGGGCGGCAGCGAUGUUCUUCCAGGGAUGUGGCCCUGGACGGUCAGCAUCCAGACAAAAGGACGAGGGAAAGUCUACAUCCAUUCCUGCGGAGGUUCGCUCAUCAGCCCCCAAUGGGUCCUCAGUGCAGGUCACUGCUUCCCAAAAGGAAAGUAAGCAGAAAGGGAAGUCUGCUUAGCAGAAGGCCGUUCCUGGGGAGGGUUGUGGAAUCUGCAAGCCCAGCAGCCUGGGGGUAUCUCAAGGAAGCAGAGUCCCUUCUUCUGCCUUCCAGGUGAUACUUGGAGGAACUGCAGUUUGUCUGAACACAGAGCCGUCCUCUUGGGAUGGUGGAGUCUACAGCCCAGGAACUGCCCUACUGGAUCAGGACUAAGGUCCAGCUAGUCCAGCGUCCCAUUGGGAACCUAGGAGGGCUGGGCACUCAGAGGCGGAGCAAGGUGGGUGCGGUGGGUGUGGUCCACCCUGAGUGUCAUCCCUGAGGGGGGGUGACAUCACCAUGCCGCCGCCCUGGGACACUCAUCGCGGGCAGUGCACCCCCGGGACGUGCACCCCCCAGGAUGCUAGGCGUGGGCAGCGCCCCCUAGGACGCUCACCUCACACCCCUGGGAUGCCAGCCCCCCCCCCCCGGGAGCACACCACUCUGGGUGCCAGAGCAGCUAGCUCCGCGACUGUGGGCACUCAGGCCGAUCCACCCCCUUUUGAUUCAUAGAACUAUAGGGCUCACCCACAAUUCCAUUUGUCCUUUGACCUGUAGGCACAAAUCUGAGAGGCUUCUCCUUUCUCCCACACUGUUCAUCGCUGAAUCAGAACAAAUGUCAAUCAGGUUUUCUGCAAAUCCAUGCUUGCUCCGAUUUAGAUGUAAACGGCAGGUUACCCCAGGAAAAGCGGCCAGGCACAGGAACAAGGACUGAGGACGUGGGCCAGCCCCCUUGUGCUAAAAUUGUGCUUUUAAUGGGGGUGUUGUUCUAACUUGGGUGGGUGUUGUUUAUUGUUCUUAAGUAUUACAUGUUAAUUUGCAUUUGCCUUUUUUGUUUUAUAAAGCUGAUUAAUAUUCUACAAGUUUUUAAAAUAUGUUUGAGGGAACGGAGUUAUUGUUUCGUUAUUUUUUUGUUUUGACUAUUGUGUUUUCACCUUGGAUUUUUAUCCUGUGGACCGCCCUGAGAUCUUGUGAUCAAGGGUGGUAUACAAAUCAAAUCAAGUCAAAUCAAAUAAAAAAAAUAACCUCUGAGACCCAUGUCUAGAAAUCACAGGGAAUCAUAGAAUCAAAGGGAACAAACGGAACAAACAGGAGUGUGCAGGAGCCUUCAGAGAGCUUUGCUGCCUCUGACUGUGAUGGAAGAGCAUAACCAUCCCAGAAUCUGCCCAAUCCUCUUUUAAAGCCACGUAAACUGGUGCCCGUUGCUGCCUCUCGUGGGGGCAAGUUCCCCAUCUUAGCUAUGUGCUGCAUGCAGGAUGUCCUUUCAUCUCUCCUGAAUCUCCAUCGGGUGUCCACGACUUCUAGCAUUACAGGAGAGGGAGGAAAACAUUUCUCUUUCCACUUUCUCUGCACCAUGCAUAGUUCCAGCAACCUCAACCAUGUCACCUCUUCCCCACAUUUUCUCCAAACUAAAAAGUCCCAAGCGUGGCAGCCUUUCCUCGUAGGGAAAUCCCUCCACACCCCUGAUAAUUUUGGUGGUCCUUUUCUGAACCUUCUCCAGCUCUGCAAUAUCCUUUUGGAGGUGAGGUCAGCUUCACUGGAUAUCCAGGUGUUCCAGCCUCGUGAGAGAGGGAGGGAGGAUUUUUUCUCCAUCCUUUCUCUGAUAAUCAGGGAGUCCAAGAACAGCCCCCCAGAAGCAAAGCAACCUGCUCCGGUACCUGGAGCAGUGUGUGUCCCAGGGGACAUGAUGUGCUGCCCAUGGGGGGCGUGGCAUGCAUCCUGGGGGUGUGGCACUCCCCCCAGGGAUGUGACAUGCCACCCAGGGGCAUGGUGCACCACCCAUGGGGGCGUGGCACGUGUCCUGGAGGCGUGGCACAUGUCCCGAGGGGUGCUGCCAAUCGGGGGUUGGCAUUUUGUCACCCUCCCUUUGGAAUGGCACCCGGGGCGUGGUGCCCCCCUGAACCUCGGAAUGCACCUAUAGCCUCCCACAAGCCAUAUAUCCCUGUUCUUGGUCCCACCUGCAGAGACCAGUACAAGCUUGUUCUUGGCUCCAACCGGCUCACCAAUCUGGGCCCAGAGGCUGAGCAGCGCUUCAUCAGGACGCUGGUGAAACACGAGAGGUACGACAACAAGCUGAACAGCAGAGAGGUGGUGUAUAGAGACAUCGCCUUGCUGGAGAUGGACGAGCCCGUCAACUGCAGCGACUACAUCCAGCCAGCCUGCCUGCCUGACAAAAGCCUGCCGGUUUUGAUGUUCGGCCAUUGCUACGUCAGCGGCUGGGGUGGCCUGCAGCCAAAAAGUGAGGUUUAUGUUCUAUGACUUCCCUUCUUCUCUUUCCAUGGUUCGUUUUGCAUACCAUAAAUCCCUGCAUAUUUUGUGUAAACUAAACCAUUCAGUAGUCCAUUAUUACAUCCACCAAAACUUAUUUACACUGUUGUAUUUUCAAGUGUACACAAUUUCAAGUGUACACAAUUUUCAUCCAUAUAUUCAAUAAACAUUUUCCAAUCUUCUUUAAACGAAUGUUCUUCUUGUUCUCAUAUUCUACAUGUUAAAUCUGCAAACUGUACACAUUCCAUCAGUUUAAGUUGCCAUUCUUCUUUAGUUGGAACCUUGCUUGUUUUCCAUUUUGGGGCUAGCAAAGCACGAUCCACAGUAGUGGCUUACAUAAAUAACCUUUUUUGACAUCUGUCUGAAUUCCUGCCUGAAAUAUCCCUGACAGAACGGUCUCUGGUUUUUUAGGGAAAGUACUUUUAAACAUUUUUAAAAAUUCAUUAUAAAUUAUUUCCCAAUACUCUUUUACCCUUUUACAAGUCCACAACAUAUGAUAGAACGUACCACCUAUUUGAUUCAGUCUUAUACAUCUUAGCAAGUCUACUUGGAGUUAGAUACCAUCUGUAAAUCAUUUUCAGGUAGUUCUUCUUCAAGGAAUAACAUGCUGUGAAUUUCAACUCACUCUUCCAAAGUUUUUCACAGAGAUUCAAAUUUAUAUUAUGUCCUAUAUCUAUUGCCCAUUGUGUUGUAGAAGUUUUGACAAGCUCGUCUUUUGUUUCCCACUCUAAAAACAAAUUGUACAUUUUAGAUAAAAGUUUUUCUUUGUUUUGCAGAAGUUCUUUUUCAAAUUGUGAGCUUUAGUCCAAGAAGCCAUUUUUCCUGUCUAUUUUAAACAUUUAAUGUAACUGAUGAUAUUGUACCCAACCUGUAACAUGACUCCUUACACUGUCCAUUGAAUUUGGGUCCACCCCCCCCCCUCUGUAAAGUACAGCAAUUCCCUAUAUGUAGCCCAUUGUCUACCUUUUUUAACUCUCUUAAUUGUGAUAGCCUUAAUUGGAGAUAACCAUAAAGGUGUUUUCCUUUCCAGCAAAUUUUUGUGUUUCUCCAAAACUCUAUACAGAUUCUUCCUUAGAAUAUGGUUCAUAAAACUUUUGUAAAUUUUUGCCUUUCCAUACUGGAGGCAUGAAUGCCAGCCAAAUUUUAUAUCAUGUCUCUCUAGGUCAAGGAUGUCUGUAUUAUCCAAUGUAAUCCAUUCUCUUAACCAGCAAAAACAGGCUGCCUCAUAAUAAAUUUGCAAAUUUGGCAGGACAAAGCCUCCUCUUUCUUUAUAUCUAUCAUAAUUUUAUGUUUAAUUCUUGGCUUUCCCCCCUGCCAGAUGAAUUUGAAAAUAUCCUUCUUCCAUUCUUUGAAGCAGCCUGGUAUUGAUUGGAAUAAAAACCACAUCCUGGGCAGUAGAUUCAUUUUGAUAGCUGGGAUUCUGCCAAACAAGGAGCGGUUCAUUCCCUCCCAAAUCUCCAACUCUUUCUUAAUCUCUUUCCAGUUUAAAAUAGCUAUUUUCAAAUAAAUUGAGAUUUCUUACUGUGAGCCAGAUUCCCAGAUAUCUAACUUUUUAACAUAUUUUCAAACCACAUUUUUUUCUAACAGAUUUUUUGACUGAUCAUCCAUGUUUUUAAUUAGCAUUUUACUUUUGCCUGAAUUUAUUUUAAACCCUGUCACUUCUCCAAACCUUUUAAUUUCUUCUAGUGCCUUGGGAAUACUCUCUAAAGGUUUUUCCAAUGUUAACACCACAUCAUCCGCAAAUGCUCUUAAUCUGUACACUCUACGUCCACCUCAAUACCUUUAAUUUCCCUAUUAGUUCUUCUAUUCUGAAGGAAUAUUUCUAAUAUCAUAAUAAACAGCAAUUGAGAUAAGGGACAACCUUGUCUUGUUCCUUUUUUUACUUGUCAUUUGUCUGAGAGUAUAUUGUUUACUAAACAAUUUGUGGAUUGGCCCCGUCGAAACCGGGCACCUUGGUUUACUGAGGAGCUCUGGAAAAUGAAGCGGGAUCUCAGAAAGCUAGAGCGAGUAUGGUGAUGGACUCGUGACGGAGCCUCAAGAACAUCUUACAGGACGCUUAUGAAAGCCUAUGAGAUGACUAUGAAAGCUGCUAAGAAAUCUUACUUUGCACCUUCCAUUGCAUCCGCUAGCUCUCGCCCGGCACAACUUUUUAGAAUAAUUAGGUCAAUAACGUCCUUAGGAGGACAACCAAAUUGGAUAGAUUCCUCCAAGCUGGUAGGCCCACCACCUGCCUCCUCGAUCCGUGCCCGUCUUGGCUGAUUAGGGAGUGUCCAGAUGUUGCGCGGACCCCCCUGGUUGAAAUUAUCAAUUUGUCCCUUGACACGGGGACAUUCCCAGGGGAACUGAAGGAAGCAGUGGUGUGUCCACUCUUAAAGAAAACUUCAUUAGAUCCCUUAGACCUAUCCAAUUACCGCCCAGUUUCAAAUCUUCCAUACCUGGGUAAGGUAAUUGAGAGAGCGGUUGCUGAACAGCUUGGUAGGUUUCUGGAGGAAACAUCGGCAUUAGAUCCAUUUCAGUCCGGUUUCCGUCCUGGUUUUGGGACGGAGACGGCUCUGGUUGCCCUAACAGAUGAUCUCCGUAGACAACUGGAUCGAGGCGGGCCAGGACUGCAACCUUUUAGAUUUGUCAGCAGCCUUUGACAUGGUCGAUCAUGAUCUUCUGGACCACCGCCUCGCAGACGUGGGGAUACAGGGCAUAGCCCGUAACUGGUUGUGCUCUUUUAUCUCUGGUCAGGGACAGAGGGUGGCACUAGGGAGGGAAACAUUGUCGCGCCACUCCUUGGUGUGUGGAGUGCCGCAGGGCGCAAUUCUCUCCCCGAUGCUUUUUAACAUCUUUAUGCGCCCCCUUGCCUAGAUUAUCCGGAGCUUUGGGCUGGGCUGUCACCAAUAUGCUGAUGACACUCAGCUCUCUCUGCUGAUGGAUGGCCACACCGACUCGGCCCCAAACACACUGACCAGAUGCUUGGAAGCUGUGGCUGGAUGGUUUCGUGGGAGCCGAUUGAAACUAAAUCCUUCGAAGACAGAGGUCCUAUGGCUAGGUCGGGAUGGCAUGGGAUGGCAUGGGCCAACUCCCUUCUCUUGCGGGGGCCCAAUUAGUGCCAUUGCCUUCCGUUAAGAGUUUGGGUGUAAUCCUUGACGCCUCCCUUUCCAUGGAGGCGCAAGUUACAGCAACAGCCAAGGCAACAUUUUGCCACCUUCGCCGCAUCAAGCAGUUGGUCUCUUACCUUUCCCGCCCCGACCUGGCCACAGUGAUCCAUGCGACGGUCAUCUCCAGGCUUGACUACUGUAAUUCGCUCUACGCGGGGCUGCCCUUGAAGCUGUCCCAGAAACUCCAGCGGGUACAGAAUGCUGCAGCGAGGCUCCUCACGGGGUCUCUGCCAUGGGAGCACAUUCACCCAGUGCUUUUCAAGCUGCACUGGCUCCCGGUGGAGUACAGGGUCAGAAUUAAGGUGCUGCUUUUGACCUUUAAAGCCCUUCACGGCCUAGGACCCUCGUACCUACGGGACCGCCUCUCCCGGUAUGCCCCACAGAGAGCCUCAAGGUCCAUAAAUAACAACACCCUAGUGGUCCUGGCCCUAAGGAAGUUAGAUUGGCUUCAACCAGAGCCAGGGCCUUUUCAACUCUGGCUCUGGCCUGGUGGAACGCUCUGCCUCAUGAGACCAGGGCCCUGCAGGAUCUGAUUUCUUUCCGCAGGGUCUGUAAGACAGAGUUGUUCCGCCUGGCCUUUGGCUUGGAGCCAAUUUGAUUCCCUCCCUCCCUCUCUUUCUUUUUCUUUUCCUUCUCCUCCUGCGAUGAGGCUACAUUUUAAUAUUUUAAUGUUCCAUUAUUUUAAUGUUGUAUUUUAUUUUUGUUUUUAAGUUGCAAUCAUUCAUCUUGUUUUUAUUAUUGCUUGUAAGCCGCUCUGAGCCCGGCCUUGGCUGGGGAGGGCAGGGUAUAAAUAAAAAAAUAUUAUUAUUAUUAUUAUUAUUAUUAUUAUUAUAGAUCACUUUAAUUCCAGUCAGAAAGGAAUUGCCUAUUUCCAUUUUCUCUAAUAACCAAGAAAUGUUAUCAAAGGCUUUCUCCGCAUCUAAGAAUAUUAAUGCGGCCUGUUUUUCAAUUCUCACUUCCAAAUACUCAAUUACAUUAAGUACAUUCCUUAUAUUGACCUUCAUUUGUCUGCCUAGUAAAAAUCUGGCUUGGUCUCUGUGGGCUGACUCAGUCUUUUUUAGCCUAUUAGCUAAAAUUGUGGCAAAGAGUUUAUAAUUACAGUUCAGUAAAGAAAUAGGUCUGAAUUAUUCCCGUGCCCAGUAUUCUGUUCAUGGUGUCAUUAACCGGUUCGAUGUGUGCAUUCUGAAACUUUUCAUAAUAAAUUGCUGUAAGACCAUUCAUCCCCAGUGCUUUGCCAUUUUCUGUAUUGCCAUUUGUACUUCCAUUAUCAAAAUGGGUGCAUUCAAACUUCUCUGAUUUUGUGUAGAUACUUGAGAUAACUCGGAGUCAUGCUUUCUAGGCACGGGAUGAGUGGAAGUGUGGACAAGGCCUUCCAGUGGGAGGAAAGUUAAUAAAUAAAAUGGAAGUGACCAUGGCAAAAAUUAUAGCUCUGAAUGAAUAAAUGCUUCUGGUUAGGCUGCACAAGGUUCCUUCCUUGUAGGAGAAGUUUUCUUUUGGGGUGUUCCAUCCCUGUUUCACUUCCCCUCUCUUUUGCAUGGAGGAGAUUUUCCUCGUUCUUGCCUGUAAUUAUUUUGCUUUAGAAAUAUACUGGGAUUUUUUUUGCUGUAUUUAUCACUUUUGGAAUCUUCAUGGUUGAAGGCUCAGGAUAUCUAUUUAUGAAAUAAAAGCAUGGUUAGCAGGGAUUUUUGCAGCCACAACUCACUGGAACUCUGUUCCAGCACCUCUCAGGUGGGUGCCAUUGCCAUUAUAAGAGACCAAGGAAGGUGUUUGUGGUGAGUUCCGGCACCUCGUUUCUAGAAAAAUAGCACUGCUGGUCCACUGACUGAGAGCAGCUAGCUGUUAGGCAGGUCUUAAGGCUUGUCCACACAUCUGCUUUCUCGAUGUGGCUCUGAGGGGUUUCCCCCUUUCCCCUCUCCUUCCCCUGCCCCAGUUAGGAUUCAUGGGCAGAGCACCCCCUGGUCAGACGUCCAGCUGUCUAUCUCCAUUCCCACCCUACUGCUUUCUGCUCACAGAUUUCACCCCUCCUGAUAUCAUGCAGGAAGCGCCAAUGAAUACCUUCAGCAGAAAAAAAUGUAUGAAGUCGUGGCGCAGGAGGAUCCCUACACAGAACAUCUGUGCUGGACACGAAGAAGGAAACAUUGCAAUCUGCAAGGUAGGUGAACCACGGUCAGGAGCCAAGGUCAGGAUUUGUGCUCACCUGAUGAAGGGGGUGGCACCCAGUGGCCAUAAAUGCAGUAAAUAAAUGAAAUUAGUGUACUGUGCUGCCCCCUGACAGGAUGGCUGAGCCUUGUAUCCUUACCCCAUUUGCCUCUGCCUUGAUCUCCACAGCAUCAUGCCUGCACCUCAUUCCACCACCUUCUUUCCCCCCUCCCAGGGUGACAGCGGAGGCCCCCUGAUGUGCAGGGAAGAGAGGUCUGAGCGCUACUGGGUGAUUGGAGUCGCCAGUUUCGGACCGGUGUACUGCGGCACAGCGAAGCUCCCAAGCGUCUUCAUCUCCACACAGUACUUUCUAGGCUGGAUCGAAAGGAACUCUAAGCUGCAGCUCUCAGCUCCCAGACCCACCCCGCUGCUGGCGCAGACCACAAAACCGCGCAAACCCAGGACUUCACCUACCACAGCCAGGCCAAAAAAGCACAGGCCUCCCUGGGUGAGGCCCCCACUGUGGAGUGGGGGGCUUCCUCCCUGGGUAAAGACCACAACAUCCUCCAUCCCUCCCUGGAUGAGGGAGAACUAUGGGAGGCGCCCAAGGCCUGACCACAGGUCAGGGUAUAGAUAUCAGCAGCCCUGGCCCCAGAUGGCACCUCAAAGCCAGUUCGCAGAUCUACCAGGGUACUACCCUGGCUCCGAAGACUACUACGAUCUGCUUGUGCCCUCAGGAGAGCAGGAUUGA